CAUCAGCGCCAAACCAGGCUUGCGCGCGUUUCUGAGGCCGAUCACUCCUUCGCCGUUGUGCUGAGCCCGCUAAGGAGUCGCCAUGAGCAAAGCCCAUCCUCCCGAACUGAAGAAGUUUAUGGACAAGAAGUUAUCGUUAAAGUUAAACGGUGGCAGGCAUGUCCAAGGAAUACUUCGGGGCUUUGAUCCGUUUAUGAACCUUGUGAUUGAUGAGUGUGUGGAGAUGGCAACCAGUGGGCAGCAGAACAACAUCGGCAUGGUGGUCAUCCGAGGAAACAGCAUCAUCAUGUUAGAAGCCUUGGAAAGAGUCUGACCAGUGUCCAGCAGUGUGUCCACAUCCCUCCCCAAGGACCUGUUUGAUUGUGAUGUAGAGUUAGGUCAUGUACAUUUUCAUAUGAAACUUUUUGCUAAAUAAACUUUGUGAUACUUAGAAGUG